UGAAGAUCAAGAUCAUAUGGGAGACUCAUCCUCUGCUUCAUAUAUCCGCAUGGUGCAACACUUGAUUGAGAAGUGUAUAAUCUUCCACAUGAGUAAAGAAGAGUGCAUGGAAGCUCUCUCUAAGCAUGCAAACAUAAAACCAGUCAUCACUUCCACUGUAUGGAAGGAACUGGAGAAGGAGAAUAAGGAUUUCUUCGAGGAAUACGCGAGAAGCAGAGGAGAAGGGAUUUCGGGAGAGGAGGCAAGCAGCCAAAAGAUCCACAAGAUACUUUCCGAUUCGUCCGCCGCCAGAGAUUCCGACAACUAAGAGAAUCCCUACUUUGCAAUCCAAACAGAAAA